AUGGCAGCGCUUGCAGCAGACUCGGCGUGGCCAUUGUGGGAUUCAGAGCCUUUCGAGGGAGCACUCGAGCUGACGACCGAAAAUGGCGUGGACAGUGCCGUUGUGCAUCGAGUCGAACGUCCUUGGUUGUUCCAUUACAGGCCCCAGGCAAACCCCAACGGACGGGCGAUUCUUAUCCUUGGUGGUGGAGGCUACGUCGAGCUGAUGGUCGGACGUGAAGGCGUCCAGGUUGCAAGAUGGCUGGCUGGUCUAGGAUUCGAUGCCUUCGUCCUUGUCCACCGAUUUCCAAACGCGACGUCAGCCCCACAAGCUCCCUUGGAUGAUGCGCGGCGAGCGUUGGGUAUCAUCACAGCGGGCAGGUACUCAACUCAGGGCUUGGGCAUCUGUGGUCUAUCUUCGGGAGGCCAUCUGGGUGCUGCUCUCCUUGCAGACUAUCCAAGCACCUGGACGUCUCCCUCACAAUCCUCGACCAUACCAAACAUCGACUUUGCAAUCAUUGGCUAUGGUCCGAUUUCAACAAACGCGAAACGCCGGACCAUCCUACCCAACAAGGCUGCGCUGGAGCCACCCGAGAAACAAGAGCUAUACGACGUCGUACAGCCAGAUGUGCAAAUCAGCACUGCACCGCCCACGUUCAUCGUCUACUCGGGCAACGACCCGGUGGUGCCUGUUGUCAACGCGUAUCGACUGGCAGAAGGCAUUACGAAGACGGGGGCGCCGGUAGAGCUCCAUGUAUUUGCAGAUGCGCCGCACGGUUUUGCACUCGACACCAUUGGUUUGCCUGUCAGCAAGUGGCCUGGCUUGUGUGAAGCAUGGCUAGAGCAGAAUGGGUGGCUGGUAUAA